UGACCUUCACAGUUCACGCAAUCUUAAUAUUCUUUUGAUUUGGUAGGCUCCAAUUCCAACUCCGUUUUUGUUGCUAUCACUUUUGUUCUGCAUACAGAUCAAUCACUAAUCUGCUAGGUGAUCAGAUGGGGCAGACUGCUUCUUCUAGCUCAGCAUAUGGUUCUGAUCGCUAUGUGUCUGCCUGUCUUGAGGUGUUUGCAAGACUACAAAAUCUGGAGGAACAAUUUAAGAACAAGAAAUUCAAUCUUGCCUUCCUUCUAGAGCAACCCAAUGGUGAUAUGUUCAGCAGUGUCAAGGAUCAAAUGAAGACCUUUGCAGACGAGUAUCAUUUCUUGACCAUGUUUAUCAAAUGCUUCUGCAAGUUCAGCUAUGAAGGCAGGAAGGAAAUGGAAUCCCAAUUUGCCAAAGUUGCAGCUGAGUAUCAAGAGAUUGGAAAUGAGAUAGUCUCUGUUCGUGGAUUUGUUAAGGUUUCGAAACUGGCUGAUGUGUUUCCCAACUUGUUGGAAAAGAUUCAGGUUUUGAAGCCAGAGAUCGCGGAAAUCUGUGAUUACCUGUGGAGACACUCAGUUGAACCGGAAUCUAGCUCAGAUUCUUAUGAUCUGCCAUUCAAUGAGUUACUAUAUAGUCUGCAGAUACUCUUGACGAAAGCUGACCUGAUUGAUCCUCCCAAGGGACAAAUCAAAUCCCUCUCAAACAAGCUAAGCAACCUUGUUGACUUUCUCAAAAAUUGGAAAUUGGAUGAUUUCGAGCUGAAAUAUCUUCUUAUUUGUGCUAGAGUUACAUCUUUCCAAGGAUUGAAUCUCUGUUGUUUGUGCUGGCUCAAGAAAACGGAUCCAAACGUGACAGGAGAAAUUGGAAUUGCUUUUUCAAAUUUGAAACAGAAGAUUGAUCCGGCUAAUCCGGAGUUCUUGAAAAUGAUGAUCAAUAUCCUGGACUAUAAGCUCGACAAAGUGAACGUGAGAACAUUCAUUUAUCAUCUUAUUCAGUUAAACUUUGAUGUAUAUUUACUUCCCGAGAAGCUGAGAUUCCUGAUAUUAGCCUUUUUCAAGCUAAGAAUGGAUCCUGUACAUUCACCAUUUUUCAAGCUAAGAAAGGAUCCUGUAUAUUCACCAUUGGUCUUGCCAGAUAUUGCUGCAGUUCUUGGGGAAAUUGAAUCUCUGGUGGAAUCACGGAGUAAAGGAAGCGGAACUGACUUUCUGGCUUUCAAGAUUGCUGCAAGGAUUUGUCUUCUUCGUGAAGAUAUUUUCUUCAUCCAACAACUUCUCACCAGCAGGUCUGAGUUCCAUGAGAUCGACUCUUCUGCUAGGUCAUACUUUCUCAAUGACACCAGACGUCGAGUGGAAGACAUUCAUCAGACUUUGGGAUUGCUAAGAAAAGGUCUUGAAGGUCUACCAGAAGGAGACAUGGAAAAUGGAAAGGAAACUGUCGAGUUCAUCGAAGAAGAGGCUAAGGAGCUGGAAUCACUCAAAACAUCCUUAGAAGCCAGGAAGAUAUCACCGGUUGCAGCAGGGAAAGUGAUACUCAAGCUGCUCGUGAGGAGCUUGGUUUUCAGGGCAGAUGCAUAUUUAAUGGAUUUAAUGUCCAGUAAUGCAAAUUUGAUUCUCCCUGCAAAGGAUCAGAUUGGAACUCUCAAGUCCCUGAUUGCAUCAAUCAGAAAUGUGCCAAACAAACUCAUUUUCUCGAAUAUUGCUGGCAAAGUCACGGAGGAUGAAAGUCUAAUUAUGAUACAUAUUCAAGAAGUGGCUAGGGAGGUGAUACAUUUCUAUCAUUCUUUUCAUGCGGCCAACGUCACAGAAGACCUGGAGAAGGAACUGAGCACUUGGCUUUCUGGAUUAAUAAAAAAAACUAUGGGAGCGGUUAAUGGCAUUGAUAUCCCAUUACCAAAAAUGAUUUUUCCCGAAACAAAUGGACUGGGAUUCAUUAACUUGUUCUUGAGAAAGCUGACAGAGUUGCUUAGAAAUAGGUGUGAUUCACUUGUAUCUGUUGAGAGACAAAUUGAAGAGAUUCAAGAGAAUCUUGGAUUCCUGAGAUCUUUCUUGGGAAUGCAGGACAUUAGGGAUCAAGAAUGGAACGAUAUUGGUAGACGUACAGUGGAUGCAGCUUACAGGGCGGAAUUCGUCAUUGACUCUAUUGUGGUGGGAAAUGGUGCUGAGCUAAAACAUUUUAUCAGGCUUCAUCUUGUCUCAGAAGACAUUAGACUUGUGAAGAUGCAGGUUGAGGAGAAGGCCAUUGGUGUUGGAGUCCAGAAUGCUAUUGAGGGUAUAACGCGUGAGAUUCCACAGACUAGUACAAUUGGAGCUGAUGAAGACGUGUUGGUUCUCAAGGAUCAGCAACAAGUGAUUGUUAAUCGACUUACAAGGGGAUCAUCGCAGAGAGAUAUCGUCUCGAUUGCUGGAAUGGCAGGAAUUGGUAAGACUACUUUAGCUAAUAAAGUGUACAAUGAUCCUGAAAUUGUGUCUUACUUCCAUGUUCGGGCAUGUUGUUGUGUUUCGCAAGUUUACACAAAAAGAGACCUGUUGCUUGAGAUUUUAGGACACAUUAUUGAGCUUACUGAUAACAUCCUUGUAAAGCCCGUUGAAGAUUUGGAAUUGCUGUUGUCACAAAAGCUGAGGAGAAAUCGUUAUCUUGUCUUUAUGGAUGACAUUUGGGGUAUUGAAGCAUGGAAUCAGUUGCAGAACUCAUUUCCAGAUGACAGAAAUGGAAGCAGAGUUCUGAUAACAAGCCGCCUCCAGGUUGUUGUUUCAAAGGUCACAGAUGAAAGCCAUCUUUUGAAUCUUCGUCCACUGUCAGAUGAUGAGAGUUGGGAAUUACUGAGAAGGAAGACAUUUUUCAAAGAAGGCUGUCCUGAGGCCUUGUUGGAAAUCGGGAAGGAAAUUGCUAGAAAAUGUAAAGGAUUACCGCUUUCUGUUGUUGUGGCAGCUGGUUUCCUUAAAGCAAAAAACAUGACACCCAAAUUCUGGAAAGAAAUUUCAGACAGUAUCAACUCGCUCAAAGAUAAUGAUCCACAGAAACGGUGCAUGGACAUAUUGGAACUUAGUUACAAUCAUCUGCCAGACUACUUGAAAUCCUGCUUCCUUUACUGUGGAGCAUUUGAAGGAGACAAGGAGAUCCCAGUUUGGAAAUUAAUAUGGCAGUGGAUGGCCGAAGGGUUUGUACAGGAAAGUGAUCUGAAGAGUCUGGAGGAUCUUGCUGAUGAUUACUUGAAAGAUCUGAUUGGUAGGAGCUUAUUGAUGGUUGCAAGAAGAAGAUCAAAUGGCAGAGUCAAAGCAUGUCGAAUUCAUGACACGGUACGCACUUUGUGCGUGUUGAAAGCUAAGAAAGAAAACUUUUUGUCCUUGAUAACCACGGAUGAUGAACCUUAUGCUUCUUUUGACGAUAUUAGUGAUUUUGAUGAUUUCGAUCGUUCAAAUUCCGUGACAUAUGAGGAAUAUCGACUAAGCUUUUCUGUUAGUCGAAAGCUCUUUCUCACGUCAAAUCCUUCAGGCCCAAAUGUCCGUUCCCUACUGUUUUUUGCCACCACAGAUAUGGAUCCAAGAUGUCUUUAUGAUGCAUCAUUCAUUUUCAACAACUUUAAACUUCUUAAGGUGUUGGAUUUGGGUUGCGUGAAUAUGGGCAGUUCAUUUGCAGCAGGAAUAAUGUUGCUUCUUCAGUUGAGGUACAUAGCAGUUGCCGGUUAUAUGGACUCCAUUCCAUCAUCAUUAGCCAAAUUACAGUAUCUGGAAACGUUUAUUGUGAAGGGAUGGAAAGGUAAGGUAUUUCUUCCGAUUACCUUCUGGAGCAUGACAAGGUUAAGGCAUGUUCAUGUAGAUGAUCAUGCUGUCUUCACCUUGCCAAAUGAAAAGGUUGGUGGUUCCUCUCAAUUAAUCAAUCUGGUGUCACUUUCCACACCCUCCCUUUCUUUUGGGGAUACAGAGGAAAUCAUUGGGAGGUUGCCUAACCUUAAAAAGUUGAGUUGCAUCUUUCCAAAAUUGAGGAAUCACUCCACAAGCAGCUAUGAGUUUCCAAGAUUGGGAGACUUAACUCUGCUGGAGUCACUCAAGAUACUUUACCGUGGCAAGACUCUUGAUACAGGGGAAUUUCACUUUCCCGUGAAUCUUAAGAAGCUCUCUCUAUCAAAUUUUUAUUUGCGAUGGGAUCACAUUUCAACGAUUGGAGCACUGGAAAAUCUUGAGGCUCUCAAGUUAGUUUCAAUAACUUUUGAGGAUACUACAUGGGAAAUGGGGGAUGACGAGUUCUCAGAACUCAAAUUCUUGAAAUUAGACGCUGUUAACAUUGUUGAAUGGAAUGCCUCCUGCGAUCACUUGCCUAAGCUUCAGCAGUUGGUGCUACGGAAAUGCGAGAAGCUCAAGGGAGUUCCCGUUGAUUUCGUGGAUAUACCUACCUUGCAGAUGAUUGAAGUGCAGCUUUGUUGUGAAGCAGUUGAAAAAUCAGUUGUGAUACUUAAGGAGGAGGAAAAGCUUCGAUUUGGAACUGAGGAUCUGAAGGUCCUCAUCAGUCACUAAAUAAUGAUUCCAGAAACUAGCUCUAUUCUGCAAGGGCCUGAAGGAAAACUGACAUGAGCAUGACAAAUUCAAAUUCAAUGGGAAGAAACAGAGGUAUACAGAGAUGGUAGGAUGUGCUAAUAUUGAAGAGUGCCGUAUUUUUGGAAAAGUUCUCUUCGGCAGGUUUGAUGAGUUGUCAAAAUCCAAUAAUCAUCAUCAACUGUACAAAUAACCAUUCUAAACGAAAUAAAGUUCUUUUGAGAGUUGGUUAACCAAAAUUUAAGAUGCAACCCUUUGCAAGCAAUAAUCCCAAAUAUAUAUGACCAAAUUAGGCCCUGAUUUGCUGCAGAAAAUCAGCCUUCGUCCAUUUUGAACAUUUUGAAACCAACAUAUAGAUUGUUCAAACGUGUCCUCGCGUAAGCGCAUAUGCUAGAGAGACAAACUUCAUCUCAUGCUAAAUGGCAUUUGUCCCUUGUUUGCACACAAAAUAGUGGACUAAUACGGUGAAUACAAUUUACAAUCAGAUGAGAGAUGUAUUAGACUUGUCAGAACAGUAGCCACAAAGUGAUGGACAUCUCUUUUGCUUCACAUUCUUUGGCUACAUGUACUUUGAUAUGAUGCUAAAAGCUGGAAGGUGAUGAUCAACUUUGAAGCCAAACGACUCAACUUUGAAGUAUCUUGCAUUUUCACAGCAUCAAUUUUCUUUUUUUUGGCCCUCCUGCUUUUCUUGUGGGAAGAUCAGGAAGUUUUUUGAUUGCGCAUUUCAGCCUUUUAGGCCUAAUUAGUGUGCCAAUAUUUGUAGUUGAUGAAGCCCAGAAGGUGAUGAUCAGCAGAGAAACAAGAGUCUUAGAAAAUCCUGGAACAGAAUGGGUAGACAAUAUUACCUCAGGUUCUGGUAAGAGCCAUAGCAAUUUUUCUCUAUUGUGGAUAUUGUAGGGUUCAGCUUUCUCUUGUACUAAAGUGAAAAAUUGAUGUUCCAAUACUUAUGUGAGACUAAAUCGAAAUCGCAUUUCUGUAAAUAUUCAUGUUUCAUC